AUGAUGCCAACUCAUGCAGACAGCAUCUUGCCUGGCCAGAGGGGAGCUCAGCCCUCGGACGUCUGCAAUGGCAACUUUUCCUUGGGAUGCGCUUCUGGAAAGAUCGUCCGCAAGUCCUGGGAGGAACAACUUCAACGAGCCACCAACGCAAACGGGAAGCAGAAGCAAGGCAUGCCGAAAAAAGUAUUGGCCAUGCAAAGAGUAAGGGACGAGCCCAAGGACUCACCCUCCAAGGAUGUCUUCCUGUUUUGCGCAAACAAAUUUAACAGCAGCAGCAAAAAGGCUGCUAUCCAAAAGCUACUGCAGAAGUCAUCUGUGACCAUGGAAAGCUGUUCCCCAGGCCUUUCUUCCAAAGAAGGGCUUAGCAGCUUGAAAGAAAGCAAACAGGCCAAAAAUUCCCAGAGGAAAAACAGAAGAGAUCUCUUCCCUGGCUCAGAGGUUUUCGGACAUGUAGAUGCCCACGUCCUGUGUGUGAGCCAACAGAUGAAACCCGGGCAGGACGGGCUGUCCAUCCCCACCGUCGUGCGCCUGAUCACUGCCAGAUCCCAGAGCAAGCUGGAGACCAUGCGAGCAAUAUGGUUCUGGCUCUGCCACAACAUCGAAUAUGACGUGGAUGGCUUCCUAGGGCUCUCUCAGAAGAUUCACAUGCCAGAGCAGGUCCUGCAAACUGGACGAGCUGUGUGCUCUGGUUAUGCCCAUUUAUGCCAGGAGAUGUGCAGGGAGGCAGGUCUGAGCUGCGUGGAGGUCCCAGGAUACGGCCGGAGCCCCGGCUCUCGCGGAGGGCAGCAGUGCCAGCAGCAGAAGUCCAGCCACAUGUGGAAUGCAGUGGAGCUGGAAGGGCAGUGGUGCCUCCUGGACGCUUGCUGGGGCGCAGGGACCGUGGAUGCAGAAAGGCGCUUGUUCAUGCCCAGGUACGACGACUUCUUCUUCCUUACUGACCCUGAGCACUUCAUUGAGACCCACUGGCCCGAUGACCCCUCAUGGCAGCUCCUGCAGCCUUCUGUUUCAUGGGAAGACUUCGAACAGAGAGUUUUUAAAACUUCAGAGUUUUUCAGGCUGCAACUCUCCCUCCUUUCUCCAAACACCUCCCUCCUCAAAACAGUCCGUGGAGAAGCAUCAGUGAUGCUGGAGAGUGCUCAUCCAACAGAGUUCACCUACCAGCUCUCCAAACUCCAGGGCAUGACGACUGGAGAGGAUGUAGGUGCAGCUCAUGGGAUGAUGACGGUGUCUGAGAACAGCAUGACUAUCAAGGUGACUCCUCCAACUGAGGGCUUGUUCAAUCUCAUGAUCUUUGCACGUGACGCUGAUUCUCAGGCUCCCUACAACUGGGUGUGUUCCUAUCAGAUUCAAUGUCUGGAGCCACGCAACCGAGGGGAACUGCCUGAAAACCCUUUUUGGUUCUGGGGCCUUCACCAAAAAGUGAGAGAUUUUGGUAUCGUGGAGAGCAGCCACAAAGGGGAACUGCUGGUUGCAUCACAAGGAACUUUGCUGUUGACUCUCCAGACGUCCCGACCCUUGCUUGCCACAUAUGAGCUGGCUAGUAAUGACUUAGAUGCUGCUCUGAGUAAGAAAUGCCUGGCCUCGCAAGCCGAGGAGGGGAAGCUGAGCUGCCACGUGCUCUGUCCUGUCCAAGGUUACUACCGACUCUCUGUGUUCGUCAAAGACUUGGGAGCCAGCACCUUCAGGAACGUGGCCAACUUCCUCCUUCACUGCUUGGGGCCUGUCAACCAGAACCAGCUCUUCCCCUCGGGUCUGAGUAUGCACUGUGGGGCUGGGAUCAGCUCCACGGGCAGUGGCCUCUUCAACCCUAGCCACUCUGCCCCCAUCAUCACCACCAAGCUGGGGAAAUGCAACAUCACUUUCCACACACGUGCCAACAUCGAUGUGACUGCCAGCUUGAGUAAGGACAAAGUCACCAGUGCCAAGUACCCCCUGGAGAGAUACGUUCUGGUCACCCAGCUGAAGACCAAAGUCAGCGUGUGCAUUGCGCUCCCCGAGUCAGGUGUCUACAAGGUGGGGCUUUUUGGGAGAAGCAAGGACAGCAAGGACUUUGUCCAUAUUUGUGACUACAUCAUACGCUGCUUCUCCGAGCCUGGCUGGCCUCCUUUCCCCAAAGUUUACUGCCCAUGGGGGAAAGGGUGCGUAUUGCUAGAGCCACGAACGGGAGUGCUUCAAGAGCAAAGCUGGGCCCGGUUCAGGGUGAAGGUUCCCAACGCCUGUAGCGUUGUUGUCAUCAGCGACGAGAAGGUGGCGCUUCAGCUGAACCCAAACAUGGUCUGGGAGGGGGAGGUGUUGGCCAGGUCUGCAGGGACACAGGUCAAACUGGCAGCCAGGUUCAGCCAGUGUUGCCCUUCCCUGGAGGUCAUGCUGGCAUUUGAGGUUGGAAAUGUCUCAGCUGUGUCCUUAGGGUGCUCAGGGUAA